CAAUCAACCAUAAUAAUAUCAUCAUGAAAAAUAAGGAUACAAAAAUCAUUUUUCAACAACAACAACAACAACAACAACCUCGAAAUAAUGAGGCCAACAUACAGCAACAACAACAACAACAACAACAACGUGUUCAAAAACGAUUUAAUGAUGGAAUUCGACGACAACAACAACAACAAAAACAACGUCCAUAUUCAACAAUAAUGUUUGAUUCAUCAUCAUCAUCAUCAUCGAUGAAAAUCAAUACGGCAAAUAAUUUGGCUAGAAUUACCUAUAUCGAUGAUGAUAGUUCAUAUGAUGAUGACGAUGAUGGUGUGGAUAUAUGUAUUGAUUCACUUGAUUUAAAUGUAUUCGAUAUUGAUGAUGAUGAUAACAAAACUAUUAAAAAGUUGAAUGUUUUUAAAAAUGAUGAUUAUAGCGAUGAUGAUGAUGAUAAUGAAAUUGAAAAAUUGCCAGUGAUUAAUGAAGAUCCUUUGGAACAACAACAACAACAACCGUUUCAACAAAAUCCACAGCUUUGUAUCAACAACGAUCGAAUGAUAAUUACAACUGCAACAAAUGUCUCAUCACCAUCCAUUAAUGAUGAUGAUGUUAAUUCAAUGCAAACAUCAUCAUCAAAAUUGAUGGGAAAAAAACGAAUUUCAUCGAAAUUAAAUUCAAAUGCACGUGAAUUUUUACAGAAUAAUCAUCAUUCAUCAUCAUCAUCGAUAAAAAAGAUUGAUAUACAUUUAACACCAAAACAGAAACAAUUAAUUGAUGAAAAAAUUAAUUCAUCACGACAACGAAAACAACGACAAUUAAUCAAUGAUGAUAGUGGCCAAUUUGAAAAUAAUAAUAAUAAUGAUACUGAUGAUACAGAUGAUGAUGAUGAACGAGACAAUCGAUUAUCACCGAUGCAACUAAAAAAUGCAUCAUUAUUAUCACGAUCAACACCAAAUAUAUUGGAUGCAAUUGAUUGUGGAUCAUCAUCAUCAUCAUCAAUGAAUUUGAAUAAUGAAAAUAAUAAUAAUAAUAACAAGACAAAAUUUAAACAUCGUUUUCAAGAUCGUUUAAGACGUUUUUUCAUUGGUAAUGGACCUCGAUCAUCAUCAAUUUCUAAUCAUGUUUCCAAUAAUGAUGGUCGUUCAGUACGUAUAAAAUAUUUUAAAUACAAUGCAUCAUAUCGUAAAGCACAACGUGGUAAACAUCGGCAACCAAUUAUUUAUCAAUUAUUGGAACCAAUACCAGUACGUAAGGAAGAAUUUCCAUCAUCGAUCAUCAAUAUCAACAACAACAACAACAACAACAACAACAACCAUGGCCAUCAACAAAAAAUUGAUCAAUCAAAAUCAUCCAAAAUGCCGACAAAUCAAUUUUUAAUGGAACAAGCAUCAUUGAUAUAUGAAGAUUUUGGCGUUCAAUUUAUUAAUCGUAAUCAUAAAUAUUUAAUUGAAUUGGCAUUUCAACAACAACAAAGUCUUACAUAUUGUGAAGAUUUUACUAAAAAUCUUGCCGGUACUGUACAAGAAUUAGCAUUACGUGUAUUACAAACCGAUGUCAAUCGAUUGCAACAACAAUUAUUUCGAUUAUCACCAUUAUCGAUGAAUUGUGAAUCAAUAAAUAUUGUCGCUGAUACCAACAGCUCGUCAUAUAUUAUACCGAUGCCAAAUUUUUCAAAAAAUCGUAAAACAUUUCCAUCAUUAAUAAGUAAAAAUGAAAAUCGUUCAAUUAUUAUAUUUGGUGGUAAUCUUACUACAUUACAUGUAAGAGAUAAUGAACGAAAUAAAAAAGAUCUUGAUGUACCAUCCAUUUUGAAACAUAUGAUUGAUUAUCUUGGUGAUAAUGGUGUACAAGAGGAGGGAAUAUUUCGUGUUCCAGGAACAAAAAAUCGUUUGAAUAAAUUGGAAGAAGAAUUAACCGAUCUUUAUAUGAAUUAUUAUAAAUUAAAUAAACCGGAUAAUUCCAAAGAAAUCAAUACCAUAUUCGAACGAUAUAAUGUUCAUGAUGUUGCAUCAUUAUUGAAGCUAUUUAUAAGACGAUUAUCACCACCAUUGUUGACAAAUGAAUUAAUGGAUAUAUUUCUAAUGGUACCAAAAAUUCCGAAUAUAUUUGUCAGUAUUAAGAUUUUAAAUCUAUUAAUGCUUACAUUGAAUGAUACACAUCGAAAUAGUUUGAAUGCAUUAUUGAUACUUUCGAAUAAAGUUGUAAGAUUUAUGAAUUAUAAUCUAAUUAGUUUGGAUGGUAUUGCUACAUUAUUGGCUGCCAAUCUUUUUGAUUGUGGUUCAUUAUCAUACAAUCGUAACAAUCCUAAUCAAACAUCACCAGCAAUGAAUGGUGUUAAUCAAAAACGGCCAAGUAUAUCGACAGCAACAACAACAACAAUCGAAUCGAUGAUGAUUGGUUCACCAAUACAAGGAGCAGGUGGUGGUGGUGUUGGUGUUGGUGGAUCACCAAAACAAUCAUCGAUUGAUCAUCAUCGGACAUCUGUUUCUAGUCAAUUGGUGAAUGAGAUCUCAAUGGAAAUGGCUACACAGCUGGAACGUACACAGAAUUCAUUAUUUGUAUUGAAAUUAUUGAUUAAUCUUCAGCCAAUUCUAUUUCAUCUACCACCAUAUCUUGAACGCCAAAUUCAUGAAAAAGUAGAAGAGAAAAAAGUUCAAAUCAAUCAAUUGUUCAAUACGUAAUCACCAGAUGUCAUCAUCAUCAUCAUUAUUUUC